UUUCUUAAUUACAAAGACACAAAUGCAUGUGUUUGUAAAAAGUCAAAAUUACUCAUCACCAAACGCAUCCAGAGACGUGCCGCAUAGCCGUGCUCACUGGAGCACAGCGUGAAAUGUUUGAAUAUUUUCAUAACAAAGUUCAUUAAAACAUAUUUAUACAAUCGAGUAUAUCCAUAUGUUGCAGAUGCCAAAAUAAAAAAAUCGUUAAAAUGGUUGUCAUUUUUCUGAUGCUUAACAGCCUGUUACAUCAACGUCAGAACCGGAAUUCCUCCACAAUGCCUCUCAGCGACUCCCGCCGGAGAAUGGUGACGGAUUUUCUUUAAAGCAUCGUAGUUUCCCAUCCACUUGGUUUGCGACAGUCUGUGCCAAACUUAACGUGUGCAUAAUUAUAUUCUGCAUAAUAGCAGCCAUUGUAAACACAUACGCGCGUUCUUGGGAAAACAGACAGAGGUGCAGAAAGAUGUUCGUCUGCCAAAGUUAGCGCGCGCAGUACUGAGCCGGUGCUGCUUCUGUUAGGAACCCCUAUACAUUUCUUGGAUUAUUUUCAGCAAACUUGUGGAUACGAGGAAAUGGGAACAAGAAUUCACGAUCCUUUGUUUCACUACGAGACUCAUUUUCCCGAGCGACUUUCCCGUCUGCAUUUGACCCCUGACCUUGGACCGCAGUCUCCCCAAAGGCGAAAUCGUCGAACAAGGUCGUCACGUCAGGAUGUUCGGUAUAAGACUCAGCCGGUAACCUUCGAUGAGAUUCAGGAAGUGGACGAGGAAAAUAUUCACGACGAAAACGCUUCCGAUGAAAUCAAGUCCAUGCAGGCGUUCUCCAGAUCCAUGGAUGGACUGCUACCGAAGGUUGGGACAAAAACUGAAAAGAAGGCGACCACAAAUGCCGAAUCACGAUUACAGGAAGAUACAGAAAACGGACAAAACAAAGAAAAUGUCCAAAGGUCUGUUGGUGACAAACAAACGAACUCGAACAAUGCUGGCUUGCCGCCAACUGGGUUGUCACGUGACCCUAGACGCCAAAGGAUGACGGCAAAAGCGAAACGUCGACAGAUGAUGGCAGAAGCAAGGGAGGGAGAAUAAAACGUGUCACUAAGAAAAAUUUACAUUCUUAUUUUCGUACCUUGUUGACUUAAAGAAUUUUAUAAACGGUAUUUCGUGAUAUCGACUUGUUUUGUGAACGUGUGCUAUGAUGACGAACAAGCUAAAUCUGUGAACAGCUCCGAUUGAAACUUGAAUUGCAUGUUCUGCCUAUACUGCCGUCAUUUCAUGGAUGUUAACUGGUGAAAACAAAAAUCUUCUACAUACAGUUAUUAUCAAAAUAGCUUGGUAAAUGGACACGAUAAGCAGUGUGCUGAAUAUUAUAUAUCUGGAGCUUGCAUCUUCUCUUGAAAUUGACAAUGUAUAUGCAUAGCUUUUGGCAUUUCAGUACAAUGCAGAUAUUAAGAGUACAUUUUAUUGACAUUUCGAAAUAAAAAGGUAAGCUAC